GCGGUGAGGCGCAGCGCCUGGGGCUCCGCGCGCACCUGCUAGCCCCCGCCGCGCGGCGGGGCCGGGGACAGGCACCUACCGGCGCCGCCGGGCCCCCGCACCUGCGCCGUCCCCCCCGGCCUCCCCCCGGGCCUCGCCACGGCGGCAGGCACCGUUUCUCGACGGGCGGGGCAUGGCGGUCCGCUGAGAUGAAAGUGACCGUGUGUUUCGGCCGGACUGGGAUCGUGGUGCCCUGCAAGGACGGGCAGCUCCGCGUGCGCGAUCUGACCCAGCAGGCCCUGCAGCGCUUCCACAAGGCCCAGGAGAAGGAUCCGGCUUCCUGGGUAAAUAUUCACCACCUGGAGUACACAGAUGGAGGAAUACUAGAUCCAGAUGAUGUGCUGGCAGAUGUCGUGGAAGACAAAGAUAAGCUGAUUGCUGUUUAUGAUGAGCAAGAAACUCACUGUAAGACUGAUGGCACCAGUGGCAAUUUGACAGACAGAAAUAGCCGAGACUCUUUUGAGACUGAGGUUGCGGCUCAGCUGGCUGCCUUUCAGCCGAUCGGUGGUGAGAUUGAAGUGACUCCUUCUACCCUAAAACUGGGCACACCACUUCUAGUACGGAGGAGCAGUGAUCCAGCUUUGGGCCUACCUGCUGACUUCCACUCAAGUGCUUCUCAUCCCAGUGACCUCAGUCUCAAGCAUGUUGUGGCAGAUACUUCCCAGGUGUCCUUUAAGGAUGUGGAGAUGAACCUCAGUGGACCCACAGACUUGUUGUUGGCUCAGAAUGCUCGACACCCUGUCAGUGAAAUGACAAAAACAGUGGAGAUAUCUGGGGAAGGUGGACCCUUGGGAAUACAUGUAGUACCCUUUUUUUCAUCUUUGAGUGGCAGGAUGCUGGGACUCUUCAUCCGUGGUAUUGAAGAAAACAGUAGAUCUAGACGUGAUGGGCUUUUCCAUGAAAAUGAGUGCAUUGUGAAGAUUAACCAUGUGGACCUUACAGAUAAAACCUUUGCACAGGCUCAGGACAUUUUCCGUCAGGCAAUGAGAUUUCAAAGUGUCAUUUUGGAAAUCCUCCCUCCAUACAAUCGAGAACAAUAUGAGAAGUCUGCUAUUGCUCCUCUUUGUUUUCUGGAUACUGAAGAAAGUGUUUCAAAGACAAAGAUUCCACCUCCUAUUCAUCUAAAACCUACUCUGAAAGCCAUCAGUCUUUCUGGAGUAAGCAACUUUGAGGCAGGAGUACAGGCAACGCUACAACAAGCUAAGAGCCCCAACCUCCCAUGUUUGGGUAGAAAGUCAUCCUCUCCCUCAAUGUCUCCCCUUAUGGGCUUUGGAAAUAAAAAAAAUGCAAAGAAAAUAAAGAUAGACUUGAAAAAAGGUCCAGAAGGACUUGGUUUCACUGUGGUUACCAGAGACUCUUCAGUACAUGGUCCUGGUCCGAUUUUUGUGAAGAAUAUUUUACCAAAAGGUGCAGCAAUAAAAGAUGGUCGUUUGCAGUCAGGAGACAGAAUCCUGGAGGUGAAUGGACGGGACAUCACUGGCAGGACCCAGGAAGAGCUUGUAGCUAUGCUGAGGAGCACAAAGCAAGGGGAAACUGUCAGUCUGAUUGUGUCUCGUCAGGAGGAUACCUUUCUACCUCGAGAGCUGAAGGGAGAACAAAACUGCAGUAUUCUUACUCCAGAAACCACAGAACAGCUGACCUUUGAGAUUCCUCUGAAUGAUUCUGGCUCUGCUGGACUUGGUGUGAGCUUAAAAGGCAACAAAUCUCGGGAGACUGGAGCUGAUCUUGGGAUUUUCAUCAAAUCCAUUAUUCAUGGAGGUGCUGCUUUUAAGGAUGGUCGUUUGCGAGUAAAUGAUCAGCUUGUUGCAGUAAAUGAAGAGUCACUUCUGGGCAAGUCAAAUCAUGAGGCUAUGGAAACACUAAGGCGCUCCAUGUCUAUGGAGGGAAACGUUCGUGGGAGGAUCCAGCUAGUAGUUCUCCGGAGAAUAGAGGUCCAGACAGAGGAACACUCAGGCCAGAGAGCCUUUCAAAAAUCAGCCUUUGAUGGGAGUCAUAACUUUGCAGCUGCUUCCCGGCGCAAUGAUACUAUUCUUCAGCAAUUCAUAACGUGCAGUCCUCAGGAAAGGAUAAAAGAUUUGCCAGCGUCUGAUCGCAACAAAGAUGAAAAUGAAACCCCUCCACCUCUCCCACCACAUCCCAGUCAGGAUCUGCUGAAUGAAGAUUAUAAUCAUAGCCCUAUCAUAAAUUCAGCAGUGCAUUUCACAGAUCAGCACAUCAGCUUCAGAUCUUUGACACCAGCCAAGCAGUCUGAAUCAAUUAAUCUGAAAGCCUCAAAAAGCAUGGAUCUGGUGGCAGAGGAAAGCAAAGUUGAUUUGUUGACUGGACACAGAUCGGACUCUUCUGGCAAAAAUUUCGGUCCUACUCUGGGACUGAAGAAGUCCAGUUCUCUCGAGAGUCUUCAGACUGCUGUGGCUGAAGUUAGGAAGAAUGAACUCCCUUUUCACAGACCCAGGCCUCAUGUGGUCCGUGGUCGGGGGUGCAAUGAGAGUUUCCGAGCUGCCAUUGACAAGUCUUACGAUGGACCUGAAAAUGGAGAAGAGGAUGGUUUCUCUGAUAAGAGCUCUCACUCUGGUCAAGAAGCUCAGAACUUGGAAUCUGCCUCUCCAGGGAACGCUGAAAUAGAAGAUACAGAAUCCAAAGCAAAAAAGGACAAAAAAAAUAGAGAUAAAGAGAAGAAAAAGGAAAAGGGAAAAUCUAAAAUCAAAGAGAAGAAAAGAAAGGAAGAAAAUGAGGAUCCAGAAAAGAAAAAGAAGAAAGGCUUUGGUGUCAUUUUGAGAUUUGGAAAGAAAAAAGAAGAUAAAAGUGGGAAAACAGAUCAGAAGGGGAAUCCAAAGCAAGGCAUACUUAAGGAGGAGGAGCUGGAGAAAAUGAAAGAUGAACGUGAGAGGAUUGAUGCAAAGCAUCAAGAAUUAUGGCAAAAGCAGCUGAGGGGCCUGAGUGAUUAUUCUACUGGUCAUGGAGGAACUGACAUUGAUGAUGAUGAGGUGGAUCCAAAUUAUGCCAGAGUAAACCACUUCCGAGAGGCUUAUCCAGCAGCAAGCAUCUACAGGCCGUCAUCGCCAGCAGUAGCAGAAACCUUUGUGUAUCCACAUGAUUCUCCUUCAUCACCAAUGGAGAGGGAGCACUUGGAAGGACUGUAUGCAAAGAUAAACAAGCAGCACUACCCACAGGCUCCUGGCGACAGUGGCUGCACAGGCGGUGGCAAUGCUGAUCGUAUCCAGAAGUUGCGGAAGGAGUACCAGCAGGCCAGGCGCGAAGGCCUACCUUUCUAUGAGGACGAUGAAGGAAGAACAGCACCAUCUGACUAUGACCAGCAUUGGGUGCCUGGAAAAGGUCCAGAUGGGAGUUCAUACAGUCUCCACUUUGAGGGGAUGGAAAGGCAGUAUGCAUCUUUACCCAGGCGUGGACCUGCAAAGCCACUGGAAUAUUUAACAGGGCCACGAGUGAUAUACAAAGAGAGAGAUCUUCCCUACUAUCAAGGAGGACAACCUGUUGUCCACUCAUCUAAGGGGAACUACAUCCGCACACCAGACACAAGAGUGGCAGAAUUGAGGUACUCCCAGCAUUACCCAGCCCAGCCUGUCACAAGCCAGCAUAAACGACCCCUCCGGCAGGACAUGCCACCUUCUCCUCCUCAGUCCCACCAAGCACCGUCUUACAAUGAAGUUAUCCAACACCGUGGGACCAGUACAGAGCAGUACCAGUACAAACAACAGGAUGCCAGGCAGAAGAACCCCAUGACUGAGGCUGUAUAGCUGUGGACUGGAAUUGCCAGCACAGCCCAGGAGGAAUCCUGUCGGGCAUUGUCCCUGUAGAGUUGUUCCCAAGCGUAGCUGCCUGUAAGAAUGGCACACAAGACCUGGAGUUGUUCUUACUGAGCUGGGCUCAGCAUAGGUGCUUUCUAACAGGUGAACUAAAGCCACGUGAGGUACAAUGUGUUUUAAGUACUUGAGGUACUAGACAGUUGAGUAAUUUUUAAUUCCUUUUAAAAAUAGACAGUGGCUGCUGGAAAUAAAGCACAACACUUAAUACACCUCAGGACUAUUUGCCGAACCCAGUUACACCUGUACAGUAUGUAACUGUCUGUGGAAGAGCAGUAGUGUCACCAGAGUUUACUUCAGAGUGGUGUCAUAGAGCCUUUAAGUGAGAACACAGCACGUAGUAUGGACUUUGUGGAGAGCUGGGGAUCUUGUGUAAUCCAGUGUGUGAUCGUGAGAUGACAAGGGACUACUGCAGAGGUAGUGGCUGCAUUCCAGGCACAUUCAGACCAGCAGCUCUCCGCUGCAGUUUCAGAUUUGUUCAUCUGGCCUCUGUCUUCUUCUUUCUGUUUGGUGGUGGCAGCAUCUAUCUUGAAGCCUUCAUUUUUUUGCAGUUUAGGUAGUAAGUUUCUCCUCUUACUCGACCUGCUGUCUUUGGACUAAGGCAAAAAAUUUUAUGUGCCAUGCUUGGGCAGGCUGACAGGGCAGCCAGAGCCCUGAGAAGUAUGUGGCUUUAGCUGUGCUUGUGCUACUGAGCAUUCUUACAUUUAGACAGUGUGCACUCUCUAAGCGUAAACCUUGGAGAUCAGAUCCUCAGCUGCUCUCACUAAGUGUCACUCCUGGGGUUUCAGUGGAGCUGGGCUGUAAGAAGUGGCUGCAGAGGUGACAUGGGCACAGACUCUAUAAAUCAUAUCAAGUGCUGCCAUGGCUCUGUCAGGGCAGCCCUUUCCUGGCCUGCUCUGGCUGGGGUUAGAGCCAAGUGUCUGAAACGUUGUGCCCUGCCCUGGCGAGCCCACCGGCACGUAAGGGCACACUGGCACAGGGCCCACUGUUGGUCACCCAAGUGGAGCUCAGCCUUGGGCAGCACCAGGCUAGUGCCAAGUGCCAAACUAUUUGUGUUCCUGCAGCCAGGGGCCAUCAAGCCAGUGGGGAAAAGGGCUCUUCACAUCAAGGGAUGAGGGAAAAGGCAAGGAAAGCAACAGGGAGGACCUCAAGACUCUAGUGCCCAGGAGGAAGAAGACAGAAUAGCUGUUUAUAGCAAGUUACUUGCAGCAGUGCAUAGGAACAGAGAAGGUGGGUAGGGAAAGGGGGCCAGCAGGGUAUCAGAGCCAUAUGGAGACAAGAGUGGUGGGAUAUGUGCCCAGCUCUUUGCCCCAUGUAGCCUGAGCUUGCUCUGCAGCCAGCUAGCUCCAGAGGAGGUCAGAAGUGCAUAUCCCCAGACACAGAACCUGUGCUACUCAGCCCAGAAGGGCUGGAGGUGCUCAUAGAUUUGUCACAGGAAAACCAUACUGUCUUGCCACCUAGAAAUAUAUUUUGUGAAUUUCCCAAGUGUCCUUAAUCCCUCAACUUCUGCCUUUUGGGAGUGUUAUUAAACCAUUUGAGCUUCUCUACUCAUCAGGGAGGGACUGUGACCUCGCCAAUGAUUAAGCACAAGGAUUUCUUUCACCUCUUUUUGCCGCCUUUGGUAUGCACCAGAUUAAAUCACGUAGGUCACCAGGAAAUUUUGUCCUGAUAGGAGCACAUCCCUUUACUAGAUAUCCCUGGUAAGAGGGCUCAUUAGAAUAAGAGAUCCAUAAGGCUCAGCGCAGGGUGAGUCUGUGUGCUGCAGCUUUCCAGGAGCCGCGGCCAGUACAUAAUGGCCCUGAUGAGAAGCAGCAUUUAAUCCCAGAAGUUUCUUCUGUGCUGCUAAUGCAAGUGAGAGACUGGAAUAACCCUGGGGUACUGAGAGGCUUGCAGCUGCCCAGCUGGCCUUCAGGCUCUAGCAUUUGCAUUCACACCAAUGUCUACCCACCAGCCGGGAAGCAGAGCAGAGAAGACAGCUUUGGGGGUGGUGGAGGAGCUCCUCUAUGAUUCAGAUACAGGGCUGGGCUCCCGGGGGCAAGGGAAGGAGCAACUCUAAAUCCAGUCAGGAGGAAGCAUUGGUGGGAGAGAGAGGAAUACAACCGACUACAAAGCAAGCAUGUUCGGUUCUUGUUCUAUUUCUUUUUGCCCUCUUCCCUAGUAAGGUAGGAGGGAAAAACCUCUGGAGGGAGGGUUGGAUGUCAAGAUGGGUGCCUCUCAGUACCUUCCAUAAAUAAGGCACGUUCCCUAAGGAAACUCUGCCUGUCAUGUACGUGCUGUACACAGCCUUGUACUUCUCUCAAAGAGUUUUAGAUGCUGUAGGAUACUCAGCCAGGACUUGGCAGCCACAGGGUAGCUGCUGGUGUUAUAAAGGCCUGCUGAAAGUGAAGCGAAAACAAAUUAAAAUACUUUCCUUUCCCUCCUUGAAAUAUAAACCCAGAUACAUUUGAUCCAGCUGUAAAGAAAAUAGUUUGUAUGUGACAGUGGCUUUAUCAAGCCAGGCCUCAAUUAAGAACAGCUCUGAAUAUAAGCUACUGCCUUUGUAAAUCACUCAACUAACUAACCCUUCCAAUGGUAUCACAGCACAGUGAACAGAACUCACAGUAUUUCAAGAGCCAGGGCCAAAAAAACCCAAAACUGUCUGGAAACAGCUCCUGAGUUAUUUAUAGCCUUUGAAGGACCUGCACAAUUGUCUCCCUGUAACCUGGAUCUCUCCUUAAGAGCUCCCCUUGACUGCAUCAGCUCCACUUGGUUGAGGUGGACAGAUCAGACAAACACCUUCUGAGCUGUUAAUCUUAUCCAACAGGUUAUUAAAUUAUGCUUCUACUGUUAGAUCAUUACAGAGCUUCUUCCAAAAAAAAAAAAAAAACCAAAACCACCAAAGUGCUGCAAGGAUAAUAUAUGGAUGCAUCCUACAGUUGAGGAGCUAAGGAGGAAGAACAGUCUGACCUGGUUGGGGGAACAAGACCAAAAAGUAUUACAGAGCAUCUCAUCAAUCUCUGGUGCCAUUGUUCUGGAAGAAAAUUGCCAUUUGCUGGUUUAAUAACCAGUAGAGGUAUAGUAUUUUCAGAAGUGUGAUGUGUAACUACAGUAUAUAUAGUCAGCUUCUCUGCAGUGUAAAAUGUAUGAUUUUAGCACCAUAUUGUGGAAAAAUAUGUACCGUGCAGAAUUCACGAGGUGCUACAACUGACGGUUGAAAAUACACACUUGCAAAAUCCAAAAGAGCCGUUAAGUAACAAGUUGUUCUUUUCCCCAUAUGUCCAUAUGUUUGGGAAAAUUAUGAGUCUGAAAUGUUCUUGACACGUAAUUGCCUCGCACUCCCUCAUCCAAAAUGUGCCAGUCCAGCAGUAAAGUUACUGAUGUAGCGGGUGUGAAGGGAGAGUUUGGGUUUGCCACAGGAGCAGCAUAUCAUGAGUGUGCGUGUGAGCAGGAGUCAAGACAAGGGGGAAGAGAGGCCCACACUCAUGUGAAGCUGGAAGCUUUGAUUUCCUGAGCUGGUGGUGUGCAGCCUGUGUUUCUGGCCCUGGCGCUCGGCCAGCUGGGCCUAGCAGUUGAAAGAUUAAGAGAUAGAAAAAGAGCUUGUGGAUUUUCUGAGUGACCACCCACUAGUGAGCCAGGAUCUUGGCCUGUGAGCAGACAUUACCACUGUGAUAUAUUAUGAUGCAGAAGUCUCUAGGCACCCCUCAAAUGCAUAAAAAGAUAUCAAUUGACCUUUAUGAAAACAAAAGGGGAACUAAGCAUUAGAAGAAAAAAAAGGCUUCUGCCUUGAAAAAGUGCAUGCAGCCCUGAAUUCCAGUUCACUCCAGCUUCCUGAUCUAGAAAUAGCUUUACAUGCUUCCUAAUUUUUUUACAGAUGAAUUGUGCUACCUCCUCCUCCCGACCAUCGCAGAUUUGUUUAUCAGAGAGUUAGUGCUGUGAGUGAAUCCUACCGACUGCUCUGCCAGGGCCACAUCCUGACACUCUGCUCUGAGCAGUGACUGCUUUGCACUUCCAAAGGUCCUACACCUGUGCUCUCCGUCACAGCUGUUCUGCAGAGACUCCAAGCCUUAUAAGACACUGUUCUGUUAUUGUGAGAGAGAUAAAGGUGUUUGUGAUCCCGACAAUACCUGUGUGUAUAAGUGAAACUGAUUUUAAAAUCAUGUGUGAUUGUUUUGGAGGAGAAAGUCAACACACAAUCUGAGACCUUUUUUUUCUAGUACCACAUCAAAGAUUUUGAUUAUAUAAAUUUUACUUGUUUUAUUUUGCAUUCAAAUAAAGGCUUUAAGAAU